AGGUGGCGGCAUACUUGUAGUCCGCCAGCAAAACCAAAGAAGAAGAAGACACCGGAAGCAAACGUCGGUUUUGGUGACGCUGCAUUAGACUGCAAGACAUGGACCGGUCUAGGCUGCUCGGGUUGUUCAUCCUCAGCCUGGCUCUCUCUGGAGCUCAGGCGCUCACACCCGCUCACUACCUCUCCCUGUCCGAUGUGGCCCGACUGCAGAGCCUCCUUAGCCAGCAAUUCACUGACCUGGAGUCUGCAUACUAUUCGGUUGUUGGUCUGACCAAGCUUGGAGCGACUGUUCCCGAUCAUAAGGAAGUAUGCCAGUUUCUGAAAUCCCAGCUUGACCCCACUAGUGUUGACUCACUCUUCUUUGCUUCUGAGACCAGUCAAGCCAUAUCAGGAUGUGAGAUCCCCGUGUCCAACGAAACCCGUGACAUCCUUCUGGCAGCGGUUAGUGAAGACUCGACCAUGACUCAGAUUCAGCGGGCUGUGAGCGCUCUCAGCUCUUUGGGGCUUCCUCUGGCAUCUAAGGAAGUUGUAGGUGCCCUGACAGCUCGUAUCAACAAGGAGGACAAUGUUAUGGCUAUCACCUCAGCUCUGCUGACUGCAGCACGCCUCUCCCAGCAGGCAGAACUUGGAGGAAUACUGGAGGAAAUUGAGGAUCUGACAGCUCGUUUGGAUGAUCUUGGUGGCAUCUACCUCCAGUUUGAAGAGGGACUCGAGGCGACUGCCAUGUUUGUGACUGCUGCUUAUUCUCUGUCAGAUCAUGUGGAUAUGGAGCCCCCCCUCAAGGAGGACCAAGUCAUCCAGCUGGUGAACUCCAUCUUCAGCAAGAAAUCCUGGGACUCUCUGGCUGAGGCAUUCAGCGUGGCGAGUGCCGCCGCCGCCCUCUCCAGCAACCGCUUCCACGUGCCGGUCAUCGUCAGCGCUCAGGGCCCGGCCACAGUGUCCCACAGCCAGCCAACUCUGCAGCUCCUUGUUACUGAUGUCAUGUCUCAACCUCUGGCCUCAGCCAACGUGCUGGUGGAAUCUGCGUACGCUGUGGCCUCCAAGAGCGUCAUACUCAGCCAAGCACCUUUCACACUUAAUGACGGUGUCUUUGAACUGAACUUCAUGUCCAACCAGCCAGCCAGCGGAUAUUACCAGUUCACUGUUGCAGUAACUGGAGAUAGCCGACUGGUUGCCAAUCACGUUGAGCUGAAAGUGAAGGUGUCCACUGAGGUGGCUGUUACUAACAUGGACCUCUCUGUGGUGGAUAAGGACCAGAGCAUCGGCACAAAGACCACCAGGGUGGACUAUCCUUCCAAAGCCAAGAGCCCCUUCACAGCAGACAGCCACCAAAACUUUGCCAUGUCCUUCCAGCUGGUUGACGUCAACACUGGAGUUGAACUUACCCCUCACCAGACUUUUGUGAGGCUGCACAAUCAGAAAACCGGCCAAGAGGUCGUGUUUGUGGCCGAACCCGACAGCAAAAACCUGUACAAGUUUGAGUUGGACACAGCAGAGCGGAAAUCCGAGUUCGACUCCAUCUCCGGUACCUAUUCCCUGCACCUCAUCGUUGGCGAUGCUACCUUAGAGAAUCCCAUCUUGUGGAAUGUGGCCGAUGUUGUGCUGAAGUUCGUCGAUGAGGAGGCUCCAGCUACCAUUCAGCCCAAGACUCUUUACAUUCCCAAACCAGAGAUCCAGCACUUAUUCAGAGAACCAGAGAAGAAACCUCCCACGGUGGUUUCCAACACCUUCACAGCACUCAUCCUGUCCCCCUUCCUGCUUCUGCUCAUUCUGUGGAUUAAGCUCGGAGCCAACAUCUCCAACUUCAGCUUCUCUCCCAGCACUAUUCUCUUCCAUUUAGGACAUGCAGCCUUGCUGGGCCUGAUGUACGUCUACUGGACCCACCUGAACAUGUUCCAGACUCUGAAGUACCUGGCGAUUAUCGGUGGCGUCACUUUCCUCGCCGGGAACCGCAUGCUGGCCCAGAAAGCAGUGAAGAGAAUUGAGAAAAAAUAAGGGCAAGAAAAUUGAAAGAAGACACUGACGAAGCUCAUUUUUUUUGUUUCCAAGGAGUCAUUCAACGACUCAUCAAAUCGGACUUUAAAAAAAAAAAAAAUGGCAUGGCAGUUCAAGAAUCUAAUCAACAGUUUAUACAUGCAGUUUGUCUGUAUUGCCAAAAGGAAGAAUUUAAGAUAUCACGGCGUCUCCGAGAGACUGGACAAACGCUCACUGACAGAUGGUUCUACUGAGGGCUGUAAAGCUACUGAUCAUUGCACUUCAUCUUCCUGUGAGAUUUUGUUUUCUUAUUGUCCAACAUGCCAGUGUUUUCUAAGUGAGCGAGGGUUUUUAUUUGUGGUUUCUUGAUGGAAUUUGGGUUGAUUUGUGUGUUGGGUUUUUUUUUUUUUUUUUUUUUUCUUUCUUUUUUUUUUUUGUACAUUCCUCUUUGUUGUCACUCAAUGCCCUUCACCUCGUAACAGAAGUUGUUGCUCAGCAUGUUUCGGCUGAUAAUAAAUAAACCAUUGGCGGUAGCACUGAACCAUUCAUCUUGACUCACUAUGCCAGUGUGUUUGCCUGUGAAUGUGAUGUGUAGGAGGAGCGAUGGUGUCCCGUUUGAUACUGAGUUUGCGUCCCCCUGAAAAUUUGUUAAUAAUAAAAUACGGGCAAUUUGAGGAUAUGCUGUUUUUGUAAUGAAGAAGAGGAAAUAAAGAAAUUAAGGUGAA